AUGUGGUUGGAUCCGUCCUGUAUGGCCAUCCUGGAAAACGCAAACACCACAGACGCACAAGAAAGUUUCCCAAAGCCUGGUUUAAUUGUAGCUUAUGCGGCGGUUUACACUGCGCAAGAUAACGACAUCAUCUGCGGCUCCGUGGUUGUGCUCGAGGAGUCAGCAUCGGGCGCUGGGUGUCACAUGAUACCAAAAUAUGUCCAGCAUGCUUUUUCUAUGUCUUUUGCCAUUGAGGAAAUUGACAAGAAUGCCAAGCUGUUCCCCAACUUCACAGCAACACUGGAGAUGUAUGAAACUAGUUUCAAUGCCAUGAAGGCUAGUAAGCAUCUUUUAGAUUUUCUGUUUCUCGAUCAAGGGAAUCCUGUCAACUUCAACUGUGUUAGAAGAAGGAAUCCAAACUUCUUGCCUAUCCUUGGUGACCUCACCUCCCUCAAUUCCAUCCAGAUGGCCCACAUGUUGAACAUCUACAAGUUUCAACAGCUUCACUACUUUCUGAAAAACACCUGUUUUAAUAACAGUGUGGGAGAAGAAAUCUUUUUUGAUGAGAAAGGGGAGUUUGACCCGGGAUAUGAUAUCUUCAACUUUGUCUCCUUCAACAAUCAAACCUUCCAGAGAGUCCGGAUUGGAAAGAUGGUCUCCAAAUCUCUUGAUGGGAAGAAGUUCACCAUUAAUGAAAAUGCCAUUGUAUGGAAUCACAAGUUUCAGCAGUUGGAAGUGACUAGCCCUUCUUCAUGUAUUUCAGAUGCAAACCAAUGUGAGAGAUGCCCAGUGGAUCAGUAUUCGAAUGAAGAAAAGAUCCAGUGCCUUCCCAAAUGUUUCAGCUAUUUAUCCUAUGGUGAAUCCUUGGGAAUCGUUCUGACAUCCUUGAUCCUUUUCUCUUCAUCAACCCUCAUUUUGGUGGCCGUGACUUUCAUUCUGCACUGGGACACCCCCAUUGUCAAAGCCAACAACAGGAACAUCACAUGCAUCCUUCUUUCCUCUCUCCUGCUGUGUUUUCUGUGCUCUCUGCUCUUCAUAGGUAGGCCUGGGAAGGUGACUUGCUUUCUCAGGCAAACUAUGUUUGGCACCAUUUUCUCCCUCUCGGUUUCUUGUAUUCUGGCCAAAACCAUCACGGUUGUUGUGGCCUUCCUGGCCACUAAGCCGGGAAACCAGAUGAGGAAAUGGCUAGGAAACAGACUGGCAGGAUCUAUCAUUGUCUUCUGCUCAUGUAUUCAAGCUAUUAUCUGCAUGAUAUGGUUGAUCGUGUCUCCUCCCUUCCCUGAGUGGGACAUGCAUUCACAGGUUCAAGAGAUCAUUGUUCAAUGUAAUGAAGGCUCAGAUGCCAUGUUUUACACUGUCCUGGGCUACUUGGGGCUCCUGGCCACCAUCAGUUUCACUGUGGCUUUCUUUGCCAGGAAACUGCCUGAUACUUUUAAUGAAGCCAAGCUGAUCACCUUCAGCAUGCUUGUGUUCUGUAGCAUCUGGGUGUCCUUCAUCCCAGCCUAUCUGAGCACCAAGGGGAAAUACAUGGUGGCUGUGGAGAUCUUCUCCAUCUUGGGCUCUACUGCAGGUCUCCUGGGUUGCAUCUUCCUGCCCAAAUGCUACAUCGUUCUCUUGAACCCACAUCUGAACACAAAACAGCAUCUAACCAGGAGGGCAGAUUAA